AACCACAUGGUUAAGCGACAGCAAGCAUCGUCGACUGAAUAAUAGUGAAUUCAAGUUUACGGAUUUUGAGAAGAGUCUCUGAUAUAUUUAUUUCUUAUCAAUAUGAGCUUGAAAGAUACAAUGCAGAAGAAGCGGCCAUCUGGGUUUCUGGCUGGCUUACGAAAGCCAGUUGAGCCAGCUCCAAAGCCUAAAAAGAGGAAAAUUGAUCCAGCUAAACUUGACGGAAAGCAAUUGUGGCAAAGCCGCCGAAAAAAGGGUCGACUGAUCGUCAGAAAUUUACCAUUUCAAAUCACAGAGGACAAGCUAAGGGAGCAUUUCGAGAAGUUUGGAAAAGUGAUAGACACCGUUUUGUUACGACGCAAUGAUGGCAAACUUGUAGGAUGUGGGUUCGUAGAAUUCGAGAACAAGGAAAACGCUAAAACUGCUUUGGAAGAAUGCAGCGGCAAACCUUUGAUGAAGCGGCCGAUUGUCGUUGAUUGGGCAUUGCCAAAAGCCAACUUCCAACAUAGCCAGAAAAACGCUGGAGCCGAAAUAAAGGAAGAAGUUGAAAGCUCUGAGGGAGAGGAGGAUGACGUCAAACCAAGCAAACCUACUGUUAAGGAGGUUAAAAAGGAAACAAGUGAUUCAGAAGAGGAUUCCAGUGACGAUGAUAGAGAUGCAGAGGACUCUGAGGAAGAUGACAACCAAUCUGAUGAACAAGACGAAGAGGAUUCUGAAGGUGGUGAUGAACGAGAAGAUAAGGUUGUUUACCGCGACAACCCAGAAGAUGGAAAAACCGUGUUCCUGAAAUGCGUUCCUUUCUCUGCCACCGAAGACGAUCUGCGAGAUUGUCUUGACAAGUUUGGCCCUGUUCAGUACGUUGCCAUUUGCAUGGACGCGAACACUAUGCAUUCCAGAGGUUCUGCCUUCGUCAAAUUUAAGACCCGUGAGAGUGCUGAUAAGUGUCUGCAAGCGGGCGCCAGUGACCUGCGGGUAGGGACUGGCGUUUUGGAUCCUCACCCUGCUCUGAACAAGAAAAAUUUGCAACAGAAAAUGGAGGAUAAGAAAGAAGACAAGGUCAAAAAUGAUGGCAGAAACCUUUACUUGAUCAAGGAAGGAGUAAUUCUGGCUGGAUCGACUGCUGCAAAAGGUGUUUCUGCUGAGGACAUGUCGUACCGACUGCGACUGGAGCAGUCCAAGAGCCAAAUGCUACGCAACCUGAGCAUGGUAAUUUCCCCUCUGCGGCUCGCUGUGCACAAUUUGCCAGACAACUACAGUGACCAGUCGUUGAGGAAUGCUUUCAAGAAGCACGCCCCUGCUGGUUCCAAAAUUACAGAGGCUAAAAUUAUGAGGGAUUUGAAGAAGGUUGAUUCCAAAGGGCAAGGAGUUUCAAAAGGCUAUGGAUUUGUGUCUUUCACGAACCAUGAGGAUGCUUUGUCAGCUCUAAGGGCAGUAAAUAACAACCCCAACAUUUUCACGCCUAAAAAGCGCCCAAUUGUCAGCUUUUCUAUUGAGAACAAAGCGCUUUUGAAUGCUAGGCAAAAGCGGCUAGAAGUGAGCAAGUACAAAAACCCAAAUUUCCCGAAAAAAAUGAAAGACUCGUCUGAUGAGAAAAAAGCCACUGGGAGAAAUGAGAUCAGGAGAGUUCAGCCUGGACAAGGAGAAGCGUUUGUGGGCAUUGAGGCGCACAAGAAGCAGAAGGUCAAACUACCCACAAAUAAGACGCUGAAGGCGCAAUCAGACCUGCAUCGAAAGAGCAUUUCAACUGAAAAGAAAAAGCUGAAGCGGCUUAAUGAAUCCAAGAAGCAGAAAAAGGAAAGGCUUAAGAAAAGGAUGGAACCAAAAUCGAAGAACAGGGUCAUAGGUGAGAAGGACGACAAGGCUUUUGAUGUAAUGGUCAGCAAAUAUAAGAAUAUGAUCACAGACAAAGACUCCAAGAAGUGGUAUGAAUAAUUCUAGCUGGAAGAAUUGGGCACAGCAAAAUAUAAAAUAAUUCCAAAAGUAAUGCCCCAGCUUUACUAGCAAAAAAGCUUUGACAACGCUAAUAAUAUAAUAUAUCAGCUGUUUGAAAAAAUAAAUAAUUGUACUAUCA